UGCAGAUCCGUGCAUUCCCAUUGGCUGCGGCGCUCGCCGUGUGCAGGUGGAGGGUUAUGGACAGGGAUCGGGAUCGGUUGUUGCUUUCUUAUAUUCCUUUCAGUAUCGUCCGAUCCGGUUGCUGUAGGAAAUCGUCAUGACCGAGUCCGAUGCUGCAGAGUCUGCGGGAUGUGGCGGGUCACGUGGUCGAUGCUUCACUUCUGCUGAAUCCCUCCUGUACCUGGGUCACAGCCUGUCCUCCUGGGGCGAUCGCAUGUGGCACUUUGCUGUGUCUCUGUUCUUGGUAGAAUUGUAUGGAAACAGUUUACUGCUGACUGCUGUUUAUGGCCUUGUGGUUUCAGGCUCUGUCCUUCUCCUCGGAGCCAUUAUUGGAGACUGGGUGGAUAAGAACCCACGACUGAAAGUGGCGUGGAAGUCUUUAGUUGUACAAAAUGUUUCUGUUAUAAUUUGCGGAAUUAUCCUGAUGGUGGUUUUCUUGUACGAGACGGAACUGUUAUCAAUGUAUCGAGGAUGGCUCUUGACCCUCUGUUAUAUCCUGGUUAUUACCAUAGCGGACAUUGCAAAUCUGGCCAGCACCGCUACAGCCAUCACUAUUCAGAGAGACUGGGUGGUUGUUGUUGCCGGCGAUGACCGGAGCAAAUUAGCAGACAUGAACACCACAGUGAGACGAAUCGACCAGCUCACAAACAUAUUGGCCCCACUGGUGGUCGGGCAGAUCGUCACCUUCGGGUCCCCUGUUCUAGGAUGUGGUUUUAUUGCUGGUUGGAACUUGGUGUCAAUGUGUAUCGAAUAUUUGCUACUAUUGAAGGUUUAUCAGAAGACGCCAGCCUUGGCUAUGAAAUCUUGCAAGAAAGAUGAAGAACUGAAACGCUUGAAUAUAAAAGCUGUAAAUGAAAAUAAAAAUAAGAAUGAAGAACCUGCUGAAGAUGUCCAAAUCAUAGGAGAAGAAAGUGUGGGGACGGCCGAAAUGUCUAAAAAGUCAACAUGCUUUGAAAAAAUGACAGAACCUUUUUGUGCCGUCCGCGAUGGGUGGGUGGCAUACUACAACCAUUCGGUGUUCUGGGCUGGCAUGGGACUUGCUUUUCUCUACAUGACCGUCCUUGGCUUUGACGGUGUCACCACUGGGUAUGCUUACACACAAGGCUUGAGUGGCUCGGUUCUUAGUAUCCUUAUGGGUGCAUCUGCCAUUUCUGGAAUUAUGGGAACGGUGGCGUUUACCUGGUUCAGAAAAAAAUGUGGUCUGGUUCGUACUGGAUUCAUUUCGGGAGUCAUUCAGCUCAGCAGCCUCGUUCUAUGUGUGAUUUCGGUCUUUAUGCCUGGAAGUCCAUUGGAUCUUACAGUUUCUCCAUUCCAAGACAUUGGUACUCUCCUCCUGGAAGGAGCGCCUUCACCUACAUCAUCUCCAGGCGGUGCUCCUCAGGGAGUCCUCACAACCAACUUACAGAAUCUUUGGAAUAACUCCAGCUCAACAACUAGUGAACCAGGUGUCUCGGCUCCAUUGACCUCAGUCAGCUUACUUUUUGCUGGAAUUAUUGCAGCUAAAAUUGGUCUUUGGUCCUUCGAUCUGACCGUGACUCAGCUCAUUCAAGAAAACGUCAUAGAGUCUGAACGAGGCAUUAUAAAUGGAGUCCAGAACUCCAUGAAUAAUCUUUUUGAUCUUAUGCAUUUCAUCAUGGUGAUCUUGGGACCCAACCCAGAAGCGUUUGGCUUGCUUGUGCUUAUUUCAGUGUAUUUUAUUGCGGUGGGCCACAUGAUGUUUUUUCGAUUUGCAUACAGACAUCUUGGAAUGCAACUGUUUUCUUGCUCUUCUUCAGAUUUGAAAACACUGGCAAGGGAUCGGCAGCAUGAAGAGUCACCUGUAUAAAGGGAACGUGUCUUUAGAAAAGGACCUAUUGUUUAACUCCGGUUUUAAAGGGGUACUCCGCAGCACACAUCUCUUCCCCUAUCCAUAGGAUUGGGGAUAAGAUGAAUGAUCGCGAGGGUCCCACCACUGGGAUCUGCAAUCUCCCGGGCGGCACCCCUGUCAUUUGGGUCACAGAGCGAACUCCGCUGCCCGAUGACUGGCGAUGCAGACCGCCAUGCCCCCUCCAUUCAAGGCUAUGGGAGGAGGCGUGCUGGCUAGUACAUAACCCCUUCCCAUAAACACAAAUGGAGGGGGCGUGGCAUGAUGUCCCAAAUCUGAUGCUGCAGCUGCCCGCCCGGGGUUCGUGGAGGUCCCCAGAGGUGAAACCCCCGCAAUCUAACAUCUUAUCCCCUAUCCUUUUGAAAGGGGAAUAAGAUGUGUGUGCGGCAGAGUACCCCUUUAAUGGUAAUUAAAGUCCUGCAUCAGGAUUGUUGUCCUGCAUGAUUCAAUUAAACACUUGCAGGCAGUACUGAGGUUGUUGAGGGGGGGGGGGGGGGGUUA